AUGUCCGGGUCUUUUUCCACUCCGACUCUGUCAACAGAGAAGACGUUCACUUUCUACAGCCAGGAGCAAGGCAAUGCUUAUGCCCAAGCCCGUCCAGACUAUCACCCCACGCUGUAUCAGACAAUCAUCGACCACCACCUGGACAGCAACGGCCAACUCGAGACCAUCCUUGAUGUCGGGUGUGGUCCUGGCAAUGUCGUCCGAGCACUAAGCUCGCAUUUCAACUACGCCAUCGGCCUGGAUCCCUCUGAAGGCAUGCUAACCACGGCUCGCUCACUCGGCGGUACUACCUCUGCAUCUGGACUUAUUCGCUACGAAGUUUCCACGGCCGAAGACCUCGGAACAACCCUCCCACAACCAAUUCUAGAUGAAAGUGUCGAUCUCAUAACCGCAGCUAAUGCUGCGCAUUGGUUCGACAUGUCUCUGUUUUGGGCGAGUGCCGCCCGCGUGCUGAAACCUGGAGGCAGUGUUGCGCUGUGGACUAGUGGAAGAAAUCGCAUUCAUUCCUCGGUGCCAAAUGCUGCCGCGAUGCAGAGCGCCCUAGAUGAGAUUGAAGAGAGACAUCUCAGACCGUUCUUCGAGCCGGGAAAUCUACUCACACGCUCGCGUUAUGUAGACCUUCCACUUCCGUGGGCCUUGGAGCAGCCCAUUCCUGAGUUUGAUGAGAGUGCUUUCUUCCGCAAGGAUUGGGAUGUCGCUGAGGACUUUUUUGCUUUCCAGCCCGAGGUCAAUAUGGAUGUGUUCGAGAAGAUUACGUCGACCGCUAGUCCAGUGACUCGUUGGCGAGAGGCUCAUCCGGAUGCUGUUGGUACUGAAAAGGAUGUCGUGAGGAUGCUCCGUAGGGUUAUUGAACGUCACUUGCAUGAGGCUGGAGUUGAGAAGGGAAAGGAGAAGGUCAAGGGUGCAAUUCAUGGUGUGAUAUUGAUUGUGAAAAAGAAGAUAUAG